AUGUGUGCGGCGGCGGCGACGGGGGAGUGGUGGGCGAGAGAGAUAGUUGGGCAGAUCGGGGGAGGAUUUAGCCACAAGAGUGAGAAUGAUUUGGCUCUCUUGGUCAGCGAUUUCCUCAAGAACGGUGGCAGUAGCGGCGGCGCUGAGUCGUGGUGCGGUAGCGACUGCGAGUCAGGCCUAUUCGAACUCUGUUCCCUACCUGAUAAGAUCGGGGGAGGGUUUAGCCAGGAGAGAAUGAUUUGGUUGUCGGCAGUGGCGUAG